UUGGUACACAUUUUGCUGUAUUCAGAAUCUCAAGAUUCCAUUUCUUCGUCAACACAACCUUUUCUCUCCUCUUCGACAACAUACAUUUGGUGAAUUUGAACUGUAUGUUGGUGGCUCAUCAUGCUUUUAUUAUUAAACAAGAACGAGACUCUGAACUGCUGUUUGUCUGUUGGCAUUAUGAAUUCUUGUGCAAUGGGUUUUGGUUGUGAAGAUUAAUUGUCACCUUUUAGGAUAAUAGUUGAAGUUGAGGUAAGAAUGGAUGGUAACAAAGAUGAGGCCUUAAGAUGCAUCAGUAUUGCUAAGGAGGCAAUUGUCUCGGGCAAUAAGAAGAGAGCGCUUAACUAUAUUGGAAUUGCACGCCGCCUUAAUAGUAAACUAGAUGUCGAAGAUCUUUUGGCUGCUUGUGAAAACCUUGAUGCCUCAACUUCUGAUCCGAAUAGUGAGAUUGGAGAUGUUUCGAGUGAGAAACAUGUCAUAGCUGAUGCGGUUUCUGAUGGAGAGAGGUACUAUACUGAAGAACACGUGCAUUUGAUUACACAAAUUAAGACUGAAAAGGACUAUUAUGCAAUUCUUGGUCUUGAGAAGAGCUGUUCAGUUGAAGAGAUUAGGAAGGCAUACAGAAAACUGUCAUUGAAAGUUCAUCCUGACAAAAAUAAGGCUCCAGGCUCUGAAGAGGCAUUUAAGAAAAUCUCCAAGGCGUUUAAGUGUUUGAGUGAUGAUGAUUCAAGGAGGCAGUAUGACCAGACAGGUGUGGUGGACGAAUUUGAAUUUAAUCAGCAGUAUCUUAGAUGUCGGAGGAGAAGAAUGAACCACGACUAUUUUCAAGAUGAUUUUGAUGAUGAUGAGAUUAUCAGGGCAUUUUUUAGUCAGUCUGAAAUGUUUAGGACAUCUUAUGUUUACAGGACAAGAACAAAGUCUUCCCAGAGAGAGGAUUUAGGUUCUGCUGGGCCUAACUUAAUUCUCCUCCUUCAAUUGUUACCAUUUUUAAUCAUCUUUUUACUUGCUUAUUUUCCUUUCUCGGAGCCUGAGUAUUCUUUGCAGAAGAAUUACCAAUAUCAGUUUAGGAAGAUCACAGAAGAACAUGGGGUAGAAUAUUUUGUUAAAUCAACAGAUUUUGAUAAGAAUUAUCCUCUUGGUAGUCCUGAUCGGGAGAACAUUGAAGACCAUGUUAUUAGAGAUUACAAAAAUACACUUGAUCGUUAUUGUCAUAUAGAACUCCAGAGGCGACAAUGGAACAGGAAUUACCCAACACCUCAUUGUGACAGGCUUCAAAACUUUGGAGUAGCUUGAGGUUAGCUUCCAUCUAUGGGAGGAGCAGAUUCCAACUCGACCAUUUAGGCUGUUAAUAUGCUCAAGAAUAAAAUGUGGACAUUCGCACUCAAGGGUGUGGCCUAGUGGUCAAUGAAGAGGGUUGAGAACCCUGCGUCUUAGGUUCAAAUCUCAACGGAGGCAAAAAUGCUGAUUCCUUCCUAUCUGUCUAAGUCUUGGUGGACUGAGUUACCCGGUACCUGUGUUGAUGGGAGGUAGCAGGUACCCAUGGAAUUAGUCGAGAUGUCUCAAGUUGGUCCGGACACCACGGUUAUAAAAAAUAAUUAUUGACAUUUAAGCGAUUGAGAUGAGCAAGGACACAUCAACUAAUUCUCUUUUCACUGAUUGCAAUCGUUCAACCACUGCUUACCCUUUCUCUUGUGAAGACAGAUGACAUGGAAAAGUUGUUUGUUUAUUCCCUUUGUCCUGUCUUAAGUUUCACUUAGUUUGCGCGAAAAUAAGGUUUUCUUGUAGUGUAACCAUCCAUUGCAACUCAACUUUGUUGAAUGUUAGAUUUUAGUUUGCAUGAAAAUAUUGCCUUUCUGAAGAGGAACCAUCCAUUGCAACUCAGCAUUCUUGAACGUUAAUGCAAAAGUUUUUUUAAAGUCCUCCUUUUUAUCCCUGCUUAGGGGUAGGAAUCUACCUUUAAAACUUCUGAAAGUCACUUUUGUAGUUUUAUCUGUUAAGAUAUUGUAAAUCUUACCAGUCGUGCUUCAUAUUUCUUUUCUAAAUUACUUGUUGAAUCUUACAGCUAAGUUCAUUCUGUUUCAUCCUUGUUCUAUUGCGACACUAUUGGGCCUGUAGUAAGAAAUAUAAUGCUGAAAGCAUGAUCGGACUUGGACAUGCUAGUGUUGAAUGUUGUUUUACAGGAUUUGUUUUCUUUCUUUCAUCCAAUUUUUUGUUCAUAACUACUACUGUUGUGGAGGGGGCUGGUGAACUUAUAGCCUGUUUGGCUAAGCUUUGAAAAUCUGCUUAUUUUGGAAAGUGUUUCUUAGAAGUGUUGUUCAAAAAAGUUCUUAUCGGGAGUAGCAGCUGUGUUUGACUAGUAUGAAAAUCACUUUUGUCAAUAUUAGAGCAACAAUUUGUGCUUGACCAAGAUUCCAAAAGUGCUUCGGGUAAGAAGCUACUUUUUUCCUCUUCUGAAGAAUAAUUUCUGCUACUACUCAAAAGCACAUGUUAUCUUCUAAACCCUUGGCCAAACACCUCAACUCUAAAAAGUAAGCACUUUUGGCUUCUCAGAAGCUUGGCCAAACAUUAUAUUAGAUCGCUACUAAAUUUGCAUCCUUGUUGAUUGACCGCUGACAUGGUACAGGAAUUGGAAGAAUGUGGAGAUGGAGAGAUAGGUUAUAAUCUGGGGCCUGGUGUUGGGGUUCUAGUUAUUUUGAUUACUCGUAAGAAAUGAAAGCUACUGACUCAAAAAACUGUAAUGGUGUGUCUUUGUCAAGAAAGCUAAAGAGUGAAAUUGUUUGCUUGCAUUUGUUAUAACUGCAAGGUCUUAUUUAUUCAUUUGACUGAUUGAAAUAUUUUAUGUAACAUUCAGUCAUAGAUUAUCUUGAUUUCACCUUCAGAUUAUGUAAGUUGGGCUCACAGCUUCUUUUUUAUCUAGAGUUUGGAAUUUUGAUAAUGUAAUACCUUUUUCUCUGGCAAGCUUCCUUAGCCCAGUGCUUACGAAAUAUGCAUAUUUCUUCUUACAGAAAACCUUUUACAGCUCUAGCAAUUUCUUUCCUAUUUACCUUCAAGUAAUGUCCUCCACAUGUACAUAGAUAUCGCUAGAGGCUGAUUUCAGUUUUCAUUCUAGUGUUAAAAUAAGUCUAAUAUGUGAGAUGUAUUCAAGAUAUUGAUGCAGUCCACUUUGAUAUGGAUAGCUUCUGCACUCUGAAAGGCUUCCUCAAAUGCAUAAUAGCAGGCAUAUCUUGGAAAAUAGGGUUAUUGAUCAAUUCAUGAUAUUAAUUCAUGCAAAUGUGUCUUGUGUAUAACGUAGCCUAAUCUUCUAAAUACCAUUUUCUUAGAUGGCUAGCAAUUUAGUUACGUUUUUUCUCUACUUGUAUUGUAGGUCUGUCGACUGGGUGCAUCAUGCAUGGUGCUUGAAGACCUGUGAAGGAAUAGUGUUCCAAUGACCAGCCAAUUUUAUAGUCCAGUUACACUGUUACAGCAUGCCAUAGCGCGAUUGAAACAACAUCAACCAGGCUGCCAGCAUAGGAAACUCAGGGGUUGCAAUAUAUAAUGAAUAUAAGCUUCACAGCUCACAUUCAGUUCCGUGCCUGGAACACCGUCCAUGGGUAGUGAUAGUCGUGCAUAUUUCAGGCCAUAUUAUGCUGUAGGGAUUUAGGGGGAAAAAGAAAAAUUGUUCUAAGGUGAACGAGGUAUUCAAUAUUAGAAAAUUCCUCGAGGUGCCCAAUUCUAUCGAUGUUUGACAAGCAUCCAGUGAUCUUUGAUAUCGAUGAGUGCUAUAAUCAUGUGUUAUUUCAUAAGAAAGAUUAUUCUUGAUGUUCCUAUUACAUAGA